AUGUCAGUCCACGGCCGCCUCUGCUGUCGCGAUGUGGCCACACUCAAGUUGCAGGUGCAAGACUUUAUAUUCCAACAUGAUGAUGCCACCAGGCAAAGCAAAGUAAUGCAGAGCGGGUAUGUCCCAGAUGUGGAUUUGAAAUGGUGUCUCAGGAUUACUGGUCAACAUUGCUGAUAUGCUCCCAGUACAGGUCACUACAUUCCCACUCCCUGUUGUCAGUACUUCUGUAGCAAUAUCAAUAAUUUUUUCUGUCAGGCACAGACUGAGCCAACAAAGAAAGCAGGUGAUGAUGCAAGAAUUGAAAUCAUGUCGGUGACAGAAGAUGAGCUGCCCACCAUUGAACUACCCAACGCCACCCAGAGGGUCCCCAACAUCCCUGAAGCAAAAGUAUUGCCUGUUGAGGCAGGAAAACAUGACAGAACCACUUCAAUGUGCCACAUUUUCACCUCCAAGAAGUUCCUGAUCGUAGUUACGGCUGGAGUGGUAGUCACCACUGUAUUAGUUAUAACAGCCAUUACUGUGGGCGUGACCUACAGCUGCAUCGGUAAAUUCCAGUGCUCGGCAUCUUCACUGUGUCUCUGGUACUCAGCCCGGUGUGACGGGGUUAAAGACUGUCCCUUAGGGGAAGACGAGCUGGGAUGUGUGCGAGUGAGCGGGAAGAAUUCUGUGGUGCAGAUCUAUGCAGAUGGUGUGUGGAGGACAGUGUGCUGGGAGGGAUGGAAUUCCCUGCACGGGACUGCAGCCUGUAAACAGCUGGGAUACAGCAGCUACAUAAGAUCCAUGGAGCUUCCCGUCACAUCCAUCGAGGAAACACUGAGGCACAACUUUGUGGAAGUAGAUUUCAGCCGACAUGUUAUCCAAAUCCAAAUGGUUGUCUCCCUCAGCAAGUGUAACUCAGGGAGGGUAACUUCACUGAAAUGUUUGGAGUGUGGCUCCAGACCCAGAUACUCACCUCGGAUUGUGGGUGGGAAUCUCUCGGUGGCCGGUCAGUGGCCUUGGCAGGUUAGCCUCCACUUGGACGGGCAACACCUGUGUGGAGGAACCAUCAUAUCUUCAGUGUGGAUCGCAACCGCAGCACACUGUGUUGUUGAGUUCAUAUUCCUCUCUUCGUGGAAAGUAUAUGUGGGCAUCAUAGAACAGCCUCUGACGGAAAGCUCGUCAUAUGUUGUGGAAAGGAUCGUACACCACAAGAAGUACAAAGGCCACACUUACGAUUACGACAUUGCACUCAUAAAGCUGGAAACACCACUGACGUUUAAUGAUUGGAUCCAGCCCAUCUGUCUCCCAAAUUCUGGGCAGGAAUUUCCAGAUGGCAAAGCCUGCUGGAUCUCGGGCUGGGGUCUGACCAAUGAAGGAGCAGAGGAAAUUUCUCUCAGUCUAAGAGAGGCCAAGGUUCCCCUGAUUCCCAAUCACAUCUGCAGUCGGCCUGACAUUUACCACAAGAAAAUAAGCUCCAGGAUGAUCUGUGCCGGCUAUCUGCAGGGAGGUGUUGAUACUUGUCAGGGAGACAGCGGGGGACCACUGGCCUGCAGCGAAGAGAAUGGAUGGCAUUUAGUUGGCAUCACAAGCUGGGGAGCGGGUUGCGCCAACCAGAACAAACCCGGGGUGUACGCGAGGGUCACCGAGUACCUGGACUGGAUCCAUGAGCAAAUGGAGGUACUGCUGCCGCUGUACGCCAGCCUUGCAUUGUCUUUGACGCUCUCUUUGCCCUUUGAUAGAAGCCAGGAGGUGAGUGGGUGGAAAUGCCAAGGAGAGGAGGUGUGGGUCAGGAAACUUGGAUUUCCUGAAUGCCUUGUGGAAUUUUUAACUGCAGGGCCCCUUUAA